AUGGCGAGCCUGAGCCGGACGCCGUCUCUAACACCAAGUCCCUCAAGCUCACCGUCGCCAGAACCACUGGCAAUCGCUCAGCCAGACCACUUCUACGGAGCUGAUCCCACAAAUCCCCUCUCUCAGCAUUCUGAUGUGAAAGCCUGGCUCAUUCCCGAAGACGAUCCUCUCGCUCAUCGCGGAAUACCCGUCUUCAAGCCAACAAUGGAGGAGUUCAAGGAUUUCGAAGCGUAUAUGAGGACAGUGGAAUGUUGGGGGGCACGCAGUGGCAUUGUAAAGAUCAUACCGCCUCAGGAAUGGACUGAUUCAUUACCAUCCGUCACCGAACCACUGAAGCAAGUUAAAAUUAAGUCACCCAUCGAACAACAUAUGCUCGGACGCGGUGGCCUAUUUCGUCAAGAGAAUGUCGAGAAACGGAAGCAUAUGAGCGUACGGGAGUGGGUCGAAUUGUGUAGUAAGGACGAGUUUCGGGCUCCUGCCAUCGAAGAAGUCGGGCUUCAUGCAAGAUCUGCUACUAUGCAACAGAAGCCGAGACGCGGUCGCAAGAAACCAGCUGAUGAAGCUCGAGUGCACUCCGUUGAGGUAGAGGAUAAACGCGACGGAAUCGUGGUCAAGGAAGAACCUGAUAACGGCGGAGAUGAUGCUUCAACGCUACGGAUUAGCGGACCGACAACUGCCGAGGACACAUCAUCUAAACCCAGACCGAAACGUAAUACUCAAACGAAGGAAGCUCGCGAGGCAAGCAUUGCAGAUAAAGCGGCGCGCGAUUCCAAAUUCUUUGAAACCUUCGAUCCCCACAAAGAUUGGCUACCACCAAACACCAAAGCGACCGAUUAUACUCCAGAAUUUUGCCACUCUUUGGAACGGCAAUACUGGCGAAAUUGCGGGCUUUCCAAGCCUGCAUGGUACGGUGCUGAUUCCCAAGGUUCUCUGUUUACCGACGAGACGAAGCACUGGAAUGUCGGUCAUUUAGAGUCAACACUUUCUCGACUGCUACCGUCCUCUGACAAAGGUUUGCCUGGUGUCAACACGCCUUACCUCUAUUUCGGCAUGUGGAGGGCGACAUUCGCGUGGCAUGUCGAAGAUAUGGACCUAUUCAGCAUUAAUUAUAUUCAUUUCGGCGCACCGAAGUUUUGGUAUGCCGUCCCUCAAGGACGAGCCGCAGCCCUUGAACAGACUAUGCGUGGGUACUUCCCGAAGGAUACUUCCCAGUGCCCCCAAUUCCUCCGCCAUAAAUCAUUCCUCGCAUCGCCGACUCUCCUUGCGCAAUCCGCCUGCCGGCCAAAUCAUCUCGUUCAACACGCUGGCGAGAUUGUAGUAACGUUUCCGAGAGGGUAUCAUGCGGGCUUCAAUCUGGGCCUCAAUUGUGCCGAGAGCGUCAAUUUUGCGCUUGAUAGUUGGCUCGAUGUUGGGAAGCGCGCAAAAAUCUGUGAAUGCGUCAGCGACAGUGUCCGCAUCGACGUCACACAGCUUCUACUGGAUCGUGCCAUAGAGGCAGCUUACGCACCGCCGCCUCAGCCACAGCGCAUUUCGAGGGAUGGCCACCGACAUUCAUCGAAGAAGCGCAAGAGCGACAACCCAUCUAGUUCUAAAUCCAAGAAAGCGAAGACGAAACCGACGCCACCAUCCGAACCAGUCGCUGGACCGUCAGGAUCGUCAGCUCCAAGCAGGAAAAUCCACGUUACGCUGAAACUUGGUCCAAAACCGUCAGAACCGGAGGACUUCCCGUGUUGCCUCUGUACAUCGAUGUCGAGGGAUGGGUUGCUAAGUGUACAUGAACCCCCGCUGCAGCGGAGGGACGCAGUUGAAGCGGCUCAUAAUCCCAAACGGUGGAUGGCUCAUGAGAUCUGUGCUAACGUCAUCCCUGAGACAUGGAUAGACGAAGUCAGCAGCCCAGAUGGUACCACAAGAGAGAAAGCUGUGUUCGGGGUGGAUGGGAUAGUGAAAGAUCGAUGGAAUUUGAAAUGUUCCGCUUGCUCGAAAACCAGAGACAAAACGCAUGGUGCGCCCAUACAGUGCACCAAAGGGAAAUGCCCAAAGGCUUUCCACGUUUCUUGUGCCCAGGGCGGUUCAGAGCACGGAGUAGUGUUUACCAUCAUUCGAGACGUGGAGAAGGAAGUGGUACUCGCCGAUCUAACAUCGUCCGUUCCGCAAAGUAGCCUGAAUCCCUCUUUGACCCCGACUGCGUCGCCCAUGGAUGUGGACCAACCCCCUUCCUCUCCUGAUGUCCUGAAAGUCAUCAAGAAGUUUGAGGUCAACGUCCUCUGCGCCCAGCACAACCCAGCUGUGGCUGCUGCCAAACGGGCGAACAAGCAGGACAAGAUUCGGAAUGAGCUCUUGGCACUCCCAAGUAUGGCGCGCAUCAAGAUACGCGUCAGCGCCGGGGUGUUCGAGGUAUCCCUUAUCCGUGUCAUCGAAGAAAGCAAUUCUGUGGAGGUCCUGUGGGAUAGGGGUAUGAAACGCGAAUUCAAAUGGGGGAGCGUCGUCUUUGGCAGCACAGAAGGGCCAAUACACCAAAAGCCAUCUGAAGUCGUGGCAGAGCCUCAAGCCUCGACAUCCACGUUGCCCGUGAUCACAUACCCUUCAUUGUCAGCUGCAACGUCGGCUACAACAAUACCAGUAGCCCCUCCACCCGCUGCUUCAGCCCCUCCUCAUCCCCAACAAAUCCCCCAACCGAUACCAGCUCCAUACCUGCAACUCACGCCUCGAGGUAUCUCGCAGCACGAUUACUGGCCUAAGCAAGGCUCUUAUGCCCCUCAACCAGCUCACUAUCCCCCAUACGCCUACCCGCAACUCUACCAGCAUCCCCCGGCUGGCUUCCCUCCCCUCCCAUAUUACUAUGCGCCGAUCGGUGGCGCUGCCGGUCAAUUACAGUGGCAACAACCCUAUCAAGGGCCAAUGCUGAACGCAUACGCUGUGCAAAGGCCGGCUGUGCAGGGCGUCCCUGCUCCACAGGUUACUUCGCAGCAAGAUCCCGUAGUCCCCAACUCGACACCUCAACCACCUUCCCAAGCAUCCCCCACGCCGAUUGCGAAUGCCUCUGUCCCCGUCCCCGUGCCGCCAGUCGCAGAGUUGUUGGCUAAGGCACAGGAUAUCAUCCCAUCUAUCGCCGAUUCAACGUUGCUGAAGGAGCUCGCUCAGAAAGCUAUGCUGGAUCUAAACACCCUUUCGAGUCUACACCCAACGCAACUCGCUGACAUCCUUCGUACGAAUCCGGCGCUGAGAGAAGUUGUAUCUGCUGCUAUCGAGAGACACAAAGUCCAAGGUACAGUGUCGUUCUCAUAG